AUGCCUUACAACUGCUGCCUGCCCAACCUGAGCUGCCGCUCCAGCUGCCCCUCCCGGCCCUGCGUGGCCCCCAGCUGCCAUAACAUCCCCCUGCCCGGGGCCUGCAACAUCCCCGCCAAUGUGGGCAACUGUGGCUGGUUCUGCGAGGGCUCCUUCAACGGCAGCGAGAAGGAGACCAUGCAGUUCCUGAAUGACCGCCUGGCCAGCUACCUGGAGAAGGUGCGCCAGCUGGAGCGGGAUAACGCAGAGCUGGAGUGCCUCAUCCGGGAGCGGUGCCAGCAGCAGGAGCCCUUGAUGUGCCCCAGCUACCAGUCCUACUUCCGGACCAUCGAGGAGCUCCAGCAGAAGAUUUUAUUGGGGAAGAGGGACAAUUUGCGGGUGGUUGUAUUGUCUGACAAUCCAAAGCAGAGUCAAGGCCAGGACUGUCCCUGAUGCUGCUGUCUGUAUCCCAGGUACGAGACGGAGCUGGGCAUGCGGCAGCUGGUGGAGUCGGACAUCAAUGGCCUGCGCAGGAUCCUGGACGAGCUGACCCUGUGCAAGUCCGACCUGGAGGCCCAGGUGGAGUCCCUGAAGGAGGAGCUGCUCUGCCUCAAGCAGAACCAUGAGCAGGUGAGGUCCCCAAGGAGCGAUAGGAUGGAACUUGCCACGGCCUGUUUCCAAACCCACAGGGCUGUUUGCUGUGACUCCAGCCCUUGUGAGUCAUCUUGCUCAGGGCCCAGCAUCUGCCAGCCUACCUGUGUGGCUCUGAUCUGCGAGCCCGUCUGUCUUCGCCCUGUCUGCUGCAUUCCGAGCCCUUGCGAACCACCUUGUGUCUCCAGCACUUGCCAGGAGCCCUCUUGUUGUGUCUCCAGCACCUGCCAACCUAUCUGCUCAGAGUCCAGCCCCUGCUCACCUAGUGUCUGUGUGCCCCGUCCAUGCCAACCUUCCUGCUACGUAGUCAAGCGCUGUCGGUCUGUCUGCUGUGAGCCUGUUGCCUGCCCGUCUGUCUCCUGCCAACCUCUCUGCUACCGCCCGGGGUCUUCUGCAUCUGCCAUCUGCCAACCAAUUUGCCCUCGGACUUUCUACAUACCCAGCUCCUGCAAACAGCCUUGCACGCCUUCGGUUUCCUACCGCCCCAUUUGCCGCCCAAUCUACUCUGGACCCCUCACCUACAGGCAGCCGUACAUGACGUCCAUCUCCUACCGCCCUCCUUGCUACCGCCCCUGUUACUCCAUCCUGCGCCGCCCGGCCUGUGUCACUUCUGUCUCCUUCCGCCCCAUGUGCUCCCGCCUGUCUUGUACCGACUCCUGUAAACAAGAUUGCAGAAAGUCCACUUCCAGCCAACUGGAUUGUGGUGACUCCACGCCUUGCACGGUGGAAGUUUCAAAGGCCGGUUCUGCCCAGCCCACUGAGGCCAAACCCACCACAUCAACUACCUGUGAUGUCAGAGCCAGCCAGCCUGAUGCCACCAAGCCUACCAAAUGCUGA